AUAAUAAUAAUAAUAAUAAUAAUGAGUACAAUGUAUUGCGAUCAUCAUGUACAACUGCUAGUAAUGAAGACAAUGAUGGGAUUUAUUCAGAUGAAACAGAGAGUAUGAUUAAUCAUGCAAGAAGUUCACCAAUGAAUGAUAGUAUAGAUACAAUUGCAAAUACAAUUAGGAUAACACCACCACCACCACCAUCAACAGCAAUAACACCAACAACAACACCAUCGUUGACAUCAAAAAGUAACACUGAUGAUGAUGAUGAUGAUCAUAGUGAACGAAAUGUCAAUCAUAAUAAUGAUACUAAUUCACAUACAACUAUUGAUGAAGAUUUAAUGACUAGUUAUGAAGCUUCAAUUGAUACAGAAUAUAACAAUAAUCAUUAUGAGUUACAUAAUGAAUUAAUGCAUAAAUCAUUUCCAAUCAAUUCACUUAAUUCAAUGAAAAAAACAGAGAAACAAGUAACAUUUCAAGACAUUGUUGAAAUUUCAACAAUUUAUUCUAUUACAAAUGAAUCACAAGAGUCCAUUUCACAUCAUUAUGAAGAUGAUGAUGAAGAAGAUGAUUACAAUGACGAUGAUGAUGAAGAAGAAGAAGAAAUGAAAAUGACGAAACAGAUUAGUGUAAAUAAAAGACUAAAAAAUCGAUUGAAAAAUGUAAUCAAAUCCAAUGAUCAUAAUGUUGGAUUAGUCAUAGCAACAAUAGAACAAAAUAACAAAAAUAAUUCAGAUAAUAAUAAUAAUCAGAUUCUUUCAGAAAAAGAUUUAUUAAGUUUAUAUACAGAUUGGGCGAAUCAUUAUUUAGAAAAGGCAAAUUAUUCAAAUUUAAUAAAAAAUAUACAGAAAGAUUUAUCUAAUGGACUAUUGUUAGCUGAUAUUAUACAUGCAGUAGCUAAUAUCAAAGUUCAACGUUUAUGUCGAAAUCCGAAAACAUCCGCUCAAUCACUUCAUAAUGUAUUGGCUUGUUUUCAAGUGCUCCAGUUACUUGGCAUUGAAACAAAUGGGUUUACUCCUCAAGACAUUGUGGAUAGUAAAUUAAAAUAUAUACUUGGUCUAUUUUUCAAUUUAUCUAAAUUUAAACAAAAAACAAAAAAAUUACAACAAUCUCAAGUAAAUACAAUUACAUCUUCAUCAAUAAUACAAUCAUCAGUCUUAACAACAACAACAACAACAACAAUACCAACUAAAGCAACAAUUACAUCAAUUCAUUAUCCAUCAAUGAUUAAAUUACAAAAAAAUCAUAUUUCCAAUGAAAACGAUACACAUCAUCAUCACCACCACCACCACCAACAACAACAACAUCAUGAUCAUCAUCAGGAUUCAUUAAUUGUUCAAUCAACACCACCUAGACCACCACCACCACCGCCGCCACGUACUAUCAAUAAUAAUAGUACUACUACUACUACUACUACUACUACUACUACUACUACUACUACUACUACUACUACUACUCAUAGUAGUAUAUCAAAACAAACAGAUCUAUACAACAAAUUAGACAGUCCAAACAACAUCAGCAACAACAACAAUCUAAACAAUGGGAAUCCUCAUCAUCAUCAUCGUCAUUAUCAAUCUGUAAAUAAACAAGAAAAUCUUUUAAUCGGACAAUUAAAAUAUCCAAUUAAGAAUCUGAAUGAAACAUUGACCAAUUCAUAUUCCAAUCCUUUAAUAUUGAACAAAAAGAAUGAGCAUAAUGAUAAUAAUCAUAAUGCUAAUAUGAUUGGAAUUAAUGCAUCAUUAAAUUUUACUAAACCAAAUGUUACAUCAUUACGUUUUCCUUCAUCUAUUUCAAUAACUACAUCAUCAUUCAAUGGUUCGUUAUCAUUUUCACCAAGUUCAAUAACUAGUACAAAACCAUUAUCACCACAAUAUCAAACUAGUAGUAUUCGUCAAUCUAUACCAAGAGCAAAUAAUUUAGUGGAUAUAAAAGUAAAAACUCAAAAAUUAAGUCAAUCUCAUAAAAAGUCAUAUGAUUAUCAAAAUAUUAAUAAUUAUACAGUGAAUAGUGAUAUCAGUAAUCCGUGUAAUAAUAAUAAUAAUAAUAAUAAUAAUAAUUCAUCUGGAACCCGAAGUAAUAAAUUACAACAGAAAACACUUACUACUCCAAUAUCAUCAUUAUCAUCGACAAGAAUAACAACAACAACAACAACAACGUCAAUAAUAGCAGUGACAGCAACCUCACCUACAACCACGACUGUACCAGGAUCAUUAAUCUUGAAUAUUAAGCAACAACAACAUAGACAACAGAAUACUUCUAGUGAUGUUGUAUGCGAUUCAACAACAACAACAACAACAGAUGAACUACAAUCACAACAACAGAACUCGUUAUCUGAGCCCAAAAGUGCUCCAGUCGGUAUUAGCCCUAAUCAUUCAAACAAAUCAAAUAUAUGCAAUCAAUUUAAAGCGUCCAGUUUUGAAAGAUCAGGAUUGAAAUCUGUAUCUGGUAAGUGUUGA